AAGUCUUAUCUCUAACAACUUUAGACUUUAGAGAAGAAUGUAUAAAGUCGAAUUUUGUGUUUGUGUGUCUAGAAUUUUAGACAUAGUUUAAACUAGAUACGUGAAAGUUUUGCAGCGUGGAAGAGUUUUGUUAUCAAGUUAUCAAAUAAUGUGAUUUGUUAAAGGAUUUGUCAUGAUAUCAACAAUCUAAGAUGCGUGCAAGCUGGUGGACGGUGGUGGUGUUAGCCACUCUUGCGUCGCGAUCGCAAGCCGAUGGGGGGUUUAGGCUGCCCGAUCAGCCGCCCAAGGAGGAACGAGAGGAGGGGAGGUCACUGCACUUUAAUGGAGGGCAAGGGAGAUCGCCUGAAGCUCAAGGCCGGGGGUUCCUGGACUGGCUAGGGUUCGGCGAAGACCAGGACCCGUACAUCCAGCAGGCGACGCAGCAGUGCGUCAACGGGGACCUGGGAGACUGUUUCAAGGCACAGGCUCUACGCUCCUUUGAUGAUUUCUUCGACAAGCCUGCUUACCAGCUAUCUGAAAACGCUGUUCUGGUGAAGGUUGAGUCCCAAGCCAGAGCCCUGGCCAGAGAGCCUCCACAGCUGAGCUCGCAGCCUCGUAGUGAAGAUUCUGACUGGGAUGCCUUGGUCAAGUUUGGGAUGAGGAAGAUUGAGAGAUUCUUGAGGUCUACUGCUCUGGAAAUGACCCUUGAUGAUGACGUCACGUCCAAUGGCGUCGUCGCACCGCGGUUCCUAGACGAGAUCGCUGAUGAAGUCGACGUUAUUGAGGAUAAGAAGGCACCUCCUUUCCGUCGGCAUAAGCUGAAGAAGCUUAUCAUCCCCAUGCUGUUGAUCCUCAAGCUGUUCAAGCUGAAGCUGCUGCUGUUCCUGCCCCUCAUCCUGGGUCUCGCCAGCUUCAAAAAGUUCCUCGGGUUCAUGGCUCUCAUCAUACCAGGCGUAAUCGGCUACUUCAAGUUCUGCAAGCCCAACAGCUCCCCCUUCUCCAGCGGUCACUACACGGGACCUCAAUACUCACCUGCUGGCAUUGGCCUCGGACCUUAUAGGGAAGGCAGCUAUGACCAUUAUGAGUACCCGACGGGCCACAAAUACGGCGGAGGCGGCUACGGAUCAGGUGGCGUAGCGUUCCGCGACCACGAGUCGCACGCGCAGAACCUCGCUUACAACGGCUGGGAGUACAGGAACAAAAAGGGGGGAGAGGACAUCAAGGCUGAACAAGCAUAAGACUGAUACAGAAGAAGGAGCUACAGCAGGGCUAACACAUGAAUGGUGAUUAUUUCGCCGCGACGUAAAUUACCUUGUCAUUACAAAUAGAAGAGGAUGUGUGGUCUAUAUUGUGGCGAGAUACUGACGCGCCAAUUAUGAGCUAAUCCUGCAGAAAAGUAUUAUCCUAGACACGGUGCUUCAGUAGGUGUACUCCAGGGUAUUUGCUCAAAUCGGGAAGCUUUUUCAGAAAUGCAAUAGACAUAGGAAAUAAUGAUAACAAAAUUGUCUGAUGAAUUAUGUCUGCCACUUUCAUCGCUGUUCUUAAUACCUUUAUAAACGACUGAACAAUUAAGCCAUACGAAUAAAUAAAUAAAAAUCGCUGUUCUGUCUGUUUAAUCAAACUAUCAAGAGAAAAUAUAUUUAAGAACUUUCCUGAACCUUUUGUAACCGACAAGACAAAAUAGGGAUGUUUUUUCAUAUAGAAUUUUGGCAAGAAAAUAACGGAAACAAAACUUAGUCGUUUCCUUUUUUAGUUGAAAAUCUGAUUAGUCAGAUUAUUCAUUAUUUUGUAGUUUCCAAUUUAUGCCUUCAAAAGAAAAUCACAUCCGUAGCAUUGGGCUUGUAAAAUCAAUUCAAUCCAUUUACUUAAUCAGAUUGUGUCUCUUUUGCUUUUUGAAACACCAAAUUUGAAGGUUUCACAUAGUUAUAUUAUCUGUUUAUACCUUAAAAUGUGGAAAAAUACCUAAGAAAUAUUUACAUGUAUCUUUGUGGUACAAAAUGAACCAAUUGAAUUUAUUACAUGAGCAGUUGUGGAAGUACACUUGAACCAUUUGUACAAUUUUGUACACAUUUCUUAUCGCGCUGAUGUAUAUCAGCUAAAAUGUUAAGUGCUAUG